CUGUUGGUGAGAAGCAACAACCUUUCUGAAAAGAUCACAGUUAUUUCUGGAAAAAUUGAGGAGGUUGCCAUGCCUGAGUGUGUUGAUGUGUUAAUUUCUGAACCGAUGGGUUAUAUGCUGCUCAAUGAAAGGAUGUUGGAAAAAUACCUCCAUUCCAAAAAAUGGUUGAAGCCAUAUGGUAUGAUGUUCCCAACAUACAGUGACAUUCAUGUGGCUCCUUUUAGUGAUGAGCAGCUGUACAUGGAGCAAUUGUCCAGAGCCAGUUUUUGGUGCCAGGAAUGGUUUUAUGGAGUCAACUUGUCCAGUCUGCGCACUAUAGCUGUGGAAGAGUAUUUCCGACAACCUAUUGUGGAUACUUUUGACGUGAAAAUUCUGAUGGCCCAUACAGUGAAGUAUACCAUUAACUUUCUGGAAGCUGUUGAAGAAGAUUUGCAGAGAGUGGAAAUCCCUUUUGUUUUCCGAGUUGCACAAACUGGAUUGAUCCAUGGUCUGGUCUUCUGGUUUGAUGUGGCCUUUGUAGGAUCGCUGGUAACUGUUUGGUUGUCCACUGCACCUACACAACCUCUCACUCGCUGGUAUCAAGUACGCUGCCUUCUUCAAAUACCACUCUUUGCUAAAGAGGGGGAAACUCUGUCAGGCAGAGUCUUAUUUCUUGCCAAUAACCGACAUAGUUAUGAUAUUCAGAUUGUGGCUAUGGUGGACCAGACAGGAUUUAGAUCUGGUAACAUCAUUGACUUAAAGAAUCCGAUUUUCAG